GACUAAUGACCCCUUUUUGAGUUUUAAACCCUGGAGUUUCUCCACGAAGAAACUAGUAGUGAGCAAAAUACGCUGUGCCAGUCAAAACUAGCAAACCUUAAAACGAGAAAAUGAGUGAUAUUGGCUGCACAUACACGGUAGAGUGUUGGCUCCGCGAUAGUAAGGAUAUCACUGAGCCCCAAGUAACAGCUGCUUGUGCAACCUUGAAUGCAGCGAACAUUGUGUGGAACGCGGAUAAAGGCUCGGUGCUUAUGGAUGUGGCAGUUUCUCCAUCCAAAGUUUUGACGAAACUGGAAAAUACUCUUCGGCAACCAGUGCUUAUUCGAGGAAUUAGCAACCAAGAGUCUGCGGUCGCCAUAUUAUAUGAUGACAUUUCCACCAUGGAAUCGCCAACUAUCUCUACAGUCCACGGUUUGUGUAGACUAUUCACACUUGCCGAAAGUAAAGAAGUUGUCGUCGACGUGAAUGUGAACGGCGUUGCACCCAAUGUUCCAUUCGACCUGUCCAUUAUGCAUACGGGUGACAUUUCACGGGGUACAUGCUCCACCGGUUCUCCAUGGAUACGUCUGGCUGAGUUGACAUCCUCUUGCCACGGUACCAUUCAAACAAUUUUUUCUAUGAACGGUCGUCUGGACGAGUGGAUUGGUCGUGCACUUACACUCAUUCCAAAGGACACAAAACCGUCAACAUCCAUUAGUCUUCUCGGCAUUAUUGCACGUAGUGCCGGUGUGGGACAAGGAAACAAAACUGUAUGCAGUUGCAGUGGCAAAACUUUGUGGGAAGAGCAGCAGGAGAACGCAUACAGCUUUGAGGCGCGCACACCCGUCACGAAACCCAGCAACAAUUGUCGGAGACACUGCUGUGGGAAAUGUUAAGACAAGAUGAUGCGCGAGAGGGGGCAGCUCUAUGGCCACCUGUCUGUUGGGAAAGCCAUAUCCUGCUGACCUUCCAUGCUCAGUUUGGUGCACAUCAAUAGUUCUUCGCUUUUUGGAUGCAGAGAACUUUUAUACAUGACCAAAUAAUUUUUGAACGUUUUAUACCCUUAUAUAACAAACCUGACAAUGUAACCAUCUAAAAAAAGGAAAGAAAAUACAGAAAAAAAACAGAGGUUCGGGAAGAGUGCAUGCUCCGUGUACCGGGUCCACAAACAACGGACUUGCACAUGUGCGAACAUCAAGCUGCACAACACUGACUCUUACGAGGAGUCUUAUUUCGAUCCAAAUCUCUUCUUACCAAAGUCAAAGGGAACGUAGCGGUAUUUGAUCAUAUGCUGGAUCUGGCGACGGAAGCAAAAGAAUGACAAGACAAUGUAGUACAUUACAAGAAUAGGCCAGAAGACCGGGACGUCGAAGAUGCGGAAGAAUGUAGUAAUCAUGGCAAUCGAGGUGGCCUUGAUGGAUGCAUACCAGAACUUAAACUCAGGUAAUCUGCGGAUAAACGGACGAAACUCAUCAUCCUUUGAUGUGGGAAGCAAGCCUUCCUCCGUCUCCUCUUCAAGCAUGGCCUGCUCCAAGCUGGGAUCAAACUUGGGCGUCAAGAAUGCAAGAAACAGGUUCAACAAAUAAAUACCCAAAGUAUAGCAGACAAUGUACCAGCCCUUCACAUAGAAAAUACGGAAAAAGAACAAGCAAAGAAGAGCCGUCUGAGCGGCCCAACGACGCUUUCUAUAAGGAAUGGUCAUGUCCACCCAAUGUCUGUAAGUCUACGACGAAAUGUUAGAAUUCCACGGGAAAAAAGAGUUCACAAGGCUACCUACCCUUACGACUAACGAUGCAUGUUCCCGAACUGUCAAAAUUUUCUGCUUUAUGGCCUCCAUCGCGAUCAAAUGCUUUUAGAACGUUGUUGGUGGAAGAUGCGUAGGCAUGUAAACAUGAGUUGGGCUUUUGUGGGGGGAAGUGGGAUGGAGUUCCUCAGGAGGAAGGCAAAGUAAAUAGACAGAAGAACCGUGGGUGAUGAAAGGGACCGAGGGAGAAUACAGAGGCGAAGACAAUUAUUGUAUGAUUUACUGUAAGACGACGAACUGUAUGCGCAUCUACAUGGCGCCGCCAAAAACCUUGCUUCGUUUGGGCUCCAGUGCCAGCAGCAGCGGCCGAAAAUGAAUCUAGUUGUCACACACACUCUUCAUACCAUCAAUACAGACGUUUAUUAAUAGUAAAAUGAAG